AUGAAUCCAGACCUUACAAAUACAAAUGAUUUGAACAAGUAUCUACAUGUAACUGUAUUCCUAACCAUUGGCAUUCCAUCAAUAAAGAGAGUAAUUAACGCCACCUAUUUACUAAAAACUUUGGAAUUUUUGAUACUGAGAACGUCAGAUGAACAGAAGUUAAACACGACAUGCGUCAUUCUUUUGAGUGAUUUAGAUGACAAUUACAACAUUUUAGUUGAGAAUCAGAUCAAAAGUCUCUUUCCCAACUAUUUAAAUUCUGGAUUCUUCCAUGUUUUACGCGUUGAUAAAAUGUUUUACCCACAAUUGAACGGUCUGAAAAGAAAUUUUAAUGAUGCAGAAGACAGAAUUAGUUGGAGAGCUAAGCAGGUGCUGGAUUACACAAUAUUGUUUCGAUACAGCAGCACACUAUCCCAUUACCACAUGCAAAUCGAGGAUGACGUGGAAUGUGGAUUGAAUUAUUACAAACACAUCAAAUAUUUCAUCGAGGCCCUACAUUUCAAGAGUCAGAUGAUUUCACUGAAACAAUUUUCAAACAAAACUCAAUACUCUGACCUAAUAAAAGACUCUGACCCCAAACGAAAUAGUGAUGCCCCGUCAUUUUCAAAGGCGCGAAUCUGGUCAAUUCUCGAUUUUUCUGUGUUAGGAUUCAUUGGAAAGUUGUUGAGAUCGACCGAUUUGAACAUGUUGUCGACUUUUUUGGCGACAUUCUACGACGAGCAGCCCGUUGAUUGGUUGAUCGUUUAUUGGAUCAAAAACAUGGGAGCCAAUCAGAUGCUUUCUUACAAGCCAAGUCUCUUUCAACAUUUUGGUUUGAGGUCAUCAUUUAAUUUUAGGCAGGAUAAUAAACUUAAAGACAAGUACUUCUUAAGCCAGCCAAUAGACGAGUUCCGAGCAAAUCCGUUGGCAGUUAUCUACAGUAACAUGACGUCAACAAAUAAGAUGCAAGCAAUUGAAGAUGUGUACAUCCCUAGUGAUAAAUUUAUUUUUGAACUGUCCAAUAAGAAUUCACUUAUGGUUGUAAACUUCCUGAAACCAGAGAGUAUCGAAAAUAUAAAAAUUUUUAGCGGUCCCAUCGGCGGUAAUCAAAAUGUAAAUGAUGGAAUUGUAAAUAAUGCUAUGAGAGGCAGCGCCGUUCUCCACAAUAAUAACAAAAGUUGCUUUCAAAAUUUAUUCAUCUACACUGGAAAAACCCCUCAAAAAAGACCAAAAAUAAACGGAGAAUUGAAUGCCGUCCCAGUUUGUGACGAUCUAAAAUCAAUAGGUCGUUUUCAGGGCUGCCUAAUCGAAGUUAAAAUUAGUGAAAAAGACUGCGAGUGCGUAACACUGGGGGUCCAGGAACUGCCUAACCCGGUUCUCGUCAAUAAAAUCGUUAUCAAUUCAAAUUAG